GGAGCUCACGAAUAUAGUUCCUUUUACUUAGCGGUGCUUUAUUUUGUUAGCAGGCUAGGAUAAAAAUUAUUCCAGAUUAAUGUUUUUGGUGAAUAAUAUACUAUGUGCAAUUAAGUGUACACAGUUCGAUCCGCAACAGCGAUAUUUUUUGUUUAAAGGAACUGAGCCCUGAACAGUUUGCCGUGAAAAUCACAAGGAGCUAACUAACGUUAGCUCAGCUAGCGCUAACAGUGAUGUUAUUAGCGGACUGCUGCCACUUAAAGUUAUCAUUAAGAAUGAGUGAAACUCCAGCGACUAUCACUUAAUGUGAAGUAUGGAGGUAGAAAGGACCGCGGAAAUCCAGGCAGUAGGUCUGUCUCGAAAUUCCGUUUCUGUUACACCAUGGAAGCAGUGGAACAUCGAUGUGAAAAAAGUCUCCCAGACAGUGUCAUGUCUGUCUCUCACUUCUGUUCAAAAAGGAAAACCGCUCCAUCCUGUAAAGGACCGUUGGACAGUUACAAGUGUUCUCAGUGCAGUGAGAUCUUUUCAAAGCCAGGCGCUCUGAAACACCAUUUUAAAAGCAGCCACAGCGAGAAUGACCUGAAAUGCCCAUUCUCCUGCUCAGAGCCGGGCUGCCGGUUCAGCAGCACAGGUCGUCAGGAAUAUCAGGCCCACUUGAUGGCCAUGCAUGGUCUGACUCUAAUCCCCUGCACCUACCGCUCCUGUAGACUGUUAUUUCUGACACAGGGUGACAUGGAAAGUCAUUGGAAGGGCCACAUGCCCUUCGGCUGCUUUCACUGCCAGUUUGUUGCUCAAAAUGUGAAAGACCUCAGCGAUCACCUCUUGGAGAGCAAUCAUCUGCCAAAUUACACUCAAGGGAACAAGCCUGAGCCCACAACAGCAUACACUGAUGGAAGCCACCUGCCUGAAGUCUCUGUCAGGCAGAAAAGAAAGCAGAAAUCCAACCCCAUUUGUGUGUUAUCGUCAUCACAAGAUGGGUAUGUGGAAAAUGUCGAGAACCAAAGUGGUGAUUUGAAACGAGCAAGACAAGAAGUGGAUAACAUUAAAUCUUCAGCCGUGGAUGCUACACCGCUGCCAUCCAAAGAAUAUCUUGCGGAGGGAUCAGAGCAUAUUUAUCGCACGCACACCUGCCCAAAGUGUCGCCGCUGCUUCAAGAUGCGCUCUCACCUGCAGGAGCACCUCCGUCUGCAUUACCCCGACCCCAGUCUCCAGUGUCCCACCUGUAAGCGAUACUUCACCAGCAAAAGCAAACUUCGCAUACAUAGGUUGCGUGAGGCGGGUGAAAAGGUCCAUCACUGCCACCUGUGUGAGUAUGCUGCUGUGGAGAGGAACGCAAUCCGCCGCCACCUUGUCAGCGUGCACGCUGAUGAGACAGAGGACGGCAAGAGCAGUCACAGCUAUCUUUGUCCCACAUGUGGUCAAAGCUUUCACCAGGGCAGAACGCUCAAGGCCCAUAUUAAGACGCACCACAUCCCGUCAGACAGCAAGCCACUGGCCUGCUUUCAAGAGGGUUGCUCUUUCCAGGGUUCUGUGCGCAAAGACUUUAUUAGACACACUGCUGAAGUGCAUGGUGUCACUGCAGUAGAAUGUCGUCAUCACGCCUGCGGAGCAGUCUUUCAAAGCGACACGGACAUGGAGGCUCAUUAUCGAACGCACCUGGCCUACCACUGCUCGGAGUGUGACUUCUCUUGCUCCAAUAAAACUGUCUUCCUCCAGCACCAGCGGCUCGGCCACCCAGGGGAUGAAAAGCUUUGCUGUGACUUUUGCUCCUUUGGCACGUUUAACCCUGUGGAGUUCGAGCAGCACAUUGGACAUUUGCACGCCAACGAGAAGAUCCAUCGCUGCUCUCAGUGCAGCUACGUGACUUCGCAUAAACGUGGUUUGAAGCGACACAUGCUGAUGCAUAGUGGUGAAAAGCCCCACAAGUGCAGCCUGUGUGACUUCAGGUGCCGAGAUGAGUCCUACCUCUCGAAACAUAUGCUCACUCACUCAGAUGACAAGAACUUCAUGUGUGCUGAAUGUGGAUACGUCACUAAAUGGAAGCACUAUCUUAAUGUCCAUAUGAGGAAACACGCUGGAGACCUCAGGUAUUCUUGUGAUCAGUGUCCAUAUCGUUGUCACCGCAUGGACCAGUUAAACAGCCACAAAUUACGACAUCAGGCCAAAUCGCUCAUGUGUGAGAUCUGUGCUUACGCCUGCAAGCGCAAAUAUGAGCUCCGCAAUCAUAUGUUGGCCAAGCAUUCUGGGGAGGAGAAACAGCCAGUUGUGUACAAGUGCAAAUACUGCACAUACACCACCUGCUAUCGCCAAGCACUUCAAAACCAUGAGAACUGCAAACACACCAAGCUGAAGGAGUUUCGCUGUGCUCUCUGCUUUUACUCCUCCUUCAGCAGCAUCAGUCUCUUCCUUCAUAAGAGGAAAGCUCAUGGGUAUGUACCUGGGGACAAAGCGUGGCUGGAGAACUACGCUGCAAAGGAGAAGGAAAGGAACUCAACAGAGUUCAUGCAGGAUUUUUACAUCAAGCCCUCAGUCAAUCAUGAGCAGCCAGAACAGUCCACUUGUGAAAGACGUCCACCAUCUGCAGCUCCCGACGCUCAGAGAGAACAGUCUUUUCUGGCUGGAUCAGCAGAUCACAAUGCCAGCAAAGAAAUCGAUGCUAGUUCACAACCCUUAGAGUCUGUGAAUAUUUUUGAUGUCGUUUCUCAAGAGGUUGUCAAGGAUGCUAUUUCUGAUAGCCCUCCAUCUGUUAACAGCCCAGAGGAGUACUGUACCCUGGUUUUAACUACACUAUCAACCACUGACUAUCAAAGUCCUUCUUUACAAAAUGAGGAGGAAGACUGUGUAGGUACAGCCACUUUAAAUUGUAAUGGACCCGACACAUUACAAGAGAAGGAAGACUUCUCUACAAGUUCAUCAGAGGAGGAGGAUGUUGCAGUACCAGAUGGAGAGUGUGAACAAAGCGACUUUGACGACAGCUGUGAGCCUCUGAAGAAUACAAGUCAGCCUGAGUCUGGGAAAUGUCAGACAUCUGAGGCUACAAAUAAAGGUGAAACAAUUCAUUCCACUUUUCAACUGGAGCAAAAUCAGACAUUACAAUCUGAGGUACGUGAGAAAGCUAUGAAGAAGCAUGACAAGGACCAAGCAGAAGCCAUGGUUUUAGAGGGACGAGUGCAGAUGCUUGUGGUGCCAACUGAAGAUGUUUAUCGCUGUGACAAAUGCUCUUAUGUAACCUGUAAGGAGACUGCUUUGAAGCAUCACUGCCAAGCUUUGUGCCAUGGCAGGAUAAAGGGACACCGGUGCCAGGCCUGUGGCGUACAGUUCAAACAGAGGCGUGGCCUUGAUAGCCACCUUAAGAGGAAGUGCCCAGCACUUCCACGAAAAACUAGGACAUUUGUAGGCAUUUCAAAAGCAGGUCUGACUCCAAAGGAAAGAUCCAAGCAACUGGAUGGAGGAACAAAUUCAGAUCAGUCAGAGCUUCUAUCACAAAAUAAGACUUCCACAGAUUUAACAGGUCCUGAAAUUCAUCAGCAAGAAGAAGUCUGUGCAUCUCAUUUAACAAACUGUAAAGGAAUUGUCAGUGAUAGCCUCACAUGCAACCAGCUUGUGAAAAAAACAUUAGCUUCAAAAGAUAAAGACAGAAAUGUUCCACUGCAAAAAAAGUCCCUUUUUACCAAACAAGAUGGCAAAUUCAAAUGCAAACUGUGCAGUUUUUCAUCAGUCAAGCUUCCAACAGUUGAACGGCACCUCUCAACCUGCAAAACAAUCCUUAAGAGAAAAGAGGAGCAGUUUGUUUCAGAGUUGAAUAAUGGUGAUGGUGUUGGAGACAAAGAAAAAGAACACCUGGAUGACCGAGAUCCUGUUGAAGUUUCUAAAAAACGUCAAAUCUUCGGUUGUCCAAGCUGUGCAUUUAAGUGCAAUCAGAAGAGAGCAUUAGACAGCCACGAAAAGAAAGGCUGCAUGAAGCCAGGUCAAGUCCAAUGUACCAAGUGUUCAUUUGUAGCCAAAACUGAACCGUCAUUGACUCGUCAUAUUCUCUGUGUUCAUAACAAGGAGAAGUUUAAUGUGAAAAGUAAACGUUUGUAUUGCCAGCACUGCACUUUUAACUGUAAACAACAGCGACGCAUGGCACAACACGUUGCACUUAAACACGGAGGUACACGACCUCACCGCUGCAGCUACUGUCCUUUUAGCACCACAAGACGCUAUCGCUUGGAAGAGCAUGAAUCUCUUCACACAGGAGUCGGUCGUCACAGCUGCGACAUGUGUGACAAGACCUUCGGGGCUGUGACCAAACUGCGUCAGCAUAAGAUGCGCAUCCACGACAAACAACCUACGCAUUUCUGCUCAUUGUGCGACUUCGGUGGCUACACACUCGACGAUGUGAGACGACACAACCUCCGAUGCCACACAGGGGAGUUGCAGCACAUCUGCACUCAUUGUGAUGCUCAUUUUAGUUCAGAGAUUGCUCUAAGAAACCACUGUAAACGUGUGCACCAGCUUCAGGUCUGUUUCUCAUGCAAACAGUGUGACUACACAUGUAGCAGCGAAGUUGCUCUGAAGACCCACCAACAGAGCAAGCACUCCCAAGUGAAGUGCACAACAUGCCAGGAGUCCUUUGAGGCAAAGGAAACCCUUGCGGUUCAUCAGACAACUCACCUGGCACAUCAAUGCCAGCUGUGCCCUUUUGCUACCAAAACGAGACAGCUGUUGGCUCAACACCUUCUGAGUGAACAUGAGGAAGGAUCUCCAGAGGACAAGCCUCUCAAGUGCGGCACUUGUCAGUUUGCUUGUCGACAUCAGCUGGUGUUGGAGCAGCACCUCCGCUCACAUGGAAGCAAACGCUUAUACAAGUGCACAGACUGCCAGUAUUCAACCCGGAACAAGCAGAAGAUCACGUGGCACAUUCGCAUACACACCGGAGAGAAGCCUUACAGCUGUGAGCAGUGCAGCUACACCUGCACCGAUCCGUCUAGGUUGAAGCUCCAUAUGAGGGUUCACCAAGAAGAGAAAAAGUAUCUUUGUCCAGAGUGCGGCUACAAAUGCAAAUGGGCGACUCAACUGAAGUAUCACAUGACCAAGCACACAGGAGAGAAGCCAUACACCUGCGAUGAAUGCGACUACCGAACCAACAGAGCAGAUGCUCUCCGUGCACAUCGGGACACGCAGCACUGUGAUAUGCGCCCUUAUGUCUGUGAGAAAUGCGGCAAAGCCUUCAAGACUAGCUUCAUACUGAAGACCCACCAGCGGCAGCACAGUGGUGACCGGCCGUACACGUGUGGCUUGUGCCAAAAGGCCUUCCGGUGGCCAGCAGGUCUCAGACAUCACUACCUGUCUCACACCAAGCAGCAGCCUUUCUGCUGCCGACACUGCUCCUACAGAGCCAAGCAGAGGUUCCAGGUGGUCAAGCACCUGCAGAGGCACCAUCCAGAGAUGUCAGUAGAGCAGGGUGUGGUGAGAGACUCUGAAGCUGGUGGCCUCACCCUCAGGGAGGCUCUGCAGGGGACUCUGGAUGAGAGAGCAGCAGAAAGAACACCAAAGGAGCUACUGUCUCUAGCCAGUGAGGAGGCAGGUGAGGAGGCGAUGGCAGCGAGACACAACACUGAAGAGACACAAUAGAGAAGCAGUGCUGACAUAUCUGUCAUUACCGAUACUUUACUUGAUAUUAUUGUUGUGCAAAAGCCUAAUAAAACACAUCAGGGCAAAUGAAGUGAGAGAAUUUAAAAGUAAAUAUGAAAUGUUUGUGGUAAAAUAAAAAAAAUACGUGUUUCAUUUCUUUUAAUGACUGCCUGUGAUAACUAGAUGAUCCACAGCGAAUAAAUGAA